CGUGUAUUCAGUUCAAAAUUGAAGAUUAUCUUCAACGGAUCCUGCAAAACAGUAUUUAGAGUGUUAGUGGUACAACGGCCAGUUCAGUCAAAUGCAAUGAAGAGUGUACAAGAAUAUUUCCAUAUAACGGUGUCGCAUCUUUUGCUUUUCACUACGGUGCUUCAGAUUUGUAAUGCAGUUCUGGAAACAUGCGACCAAUCCGGUAUUCUCCUCUACGAAGACAUGGGAUGCAAACCAUCAUAUGAUAGGGCUGCUUCAAAUAGUCGCAAUUCCUGCCCCUCAAAGUAUGACUGCUUAGGCUUGAAAAAAUCCUCAGAUCAUUGUUUCCUCCGAGGCAAAGCCUACAUGCUUAAGCAAAGAGUGGAUUCAAAACUAACUGCUGGAUUGUGCGAUUUAGGCUGUUCGUGCCAAAGAGAGGAAGAUAAAACCAAAUUUAAAUGCGCCACUGUAAAUUGCCCUGAAUGGUCAGUUUUAGAGCCUCCAACUGGUUGCUACAGAAAAUACUCUUUGGAUGAUUGUUGCUACAUACGAGAAAUGUGCCCUCCCUAUGAAAAUUCGACCACUUGUGUCUACGAUGGAAAAGUGUACAAAGAAGGCGAAAAUUUCCUGCCGAAAAAUUCCUGCUGGAGAUGCGUAUGCCAAGCCGGGUUUCGAGGCAAAUUAGAAAAACCCUUCUGCCGAAGACGAUCCUGUGGAGUUCAGGUGAAACAUCAGGAAAAACUGCAAGAGAGAUGCGCUCCUUUGUAUUACAAAAGGAUCUAUCGGGAAAGCGACCCACUUUGCUGUCCAGUCAAUUGGAUUUGUAGCGAAGGAAAUGAGAAAAUAAGUGGCCAAGCACAGUCCACAGAUAAAAUGUGCCUAUUCGGACAAAGACUGAUACGGGUUGGGCAAAAAUUCGAAAAAACCGUGCAAAUGCCCAGGAACAUGACUGUUACGUGCGAAUGCAAAAUUCCACCGUUAUUAACCUGCACAACUUAUGUGGUUUAAUUGCUACUGGGUAUCUGUGAUGCAUUUUACGCAGGUUCCUGAAUUUUCACGAUCGGUUCAAUAUAUCUGGUAGAAGUUUCCACCAGGGACGGAUCGCCUGUUGGACUGUAAACUCCACUUCGACUUCUAGGCGGGGCAUCAUUAGGCACAUUUUCGUAGUGUCCUAAAUGUAUUGGUCCUGGCGACUGUCCCAAUUGCACCUAAAUCCCAACAACAGCGUUAGAAAUUAAAAAAACCAUCACCCUUGUGAUGUUGAUAAUGUUCAAACUAGGCUAAUGCAAUUUUAUGUGAUAAGAAGUGUUGUUUGGCUCAUUUACAAUAUUAACGUGAGUAAGUCACACUUAGAAUGCGUAAGUUUUGUAACGUUUUUAUUUAUUUUACUUAAGAAAAUGUUUACUAUUAAAAUCUAUUAUGUGUA